GGAUUGUGUCCACGAACCACACCACCGCAGUACCAGCCAUGCGGUCGUGCCGUCGGCUCAACAUGCACUGGCUGGGAUGCGUCGCCUCGACGCUGGUCGGCAUGGUGCUGGGUGUGCACCUCUUCCUCAUGCUGCAAGACCGGCCGCUGCACCGGACGCCGCGCAACCUGCAGAUGAUGGCCACGGAGGCGGCGUCGGCGGCGGUGGCGGCGACGGCGCGCGGCCGGGUCGGGCCGAGCACCCAGCCGCCGGCCAGCGACGAGCCGGGAGGCACCGACCUGCUGUUCGUCGGCGUGAUGACGGCUGACCAGUUUCUCGACUCGCGCGCCGUGGCCGUGCACGAGACGUGGGGCCAGGGCUGUGCCAGGCAAGGUCAAGUUCUUCACAUCCGAGACGUCUGGUGGCCCCUCGCGAGCAGGGGCUUGGUGCGCGCGCCGUCCAUCCCGCUUCCUCGCAUGCUGCUCGGAUCCACUCUGCAGUGA